AUGGAAGUGGACGGAAGUGUUCUUAAACAAAACAAUCAAUCCUAUUUAGGUUGGGGAGCAGGGAUUCCAAAAGCAACAAGCAACUCCCUCAGCCAACUAGCUACAACAAAAAGCCAAAGACUAAAACAAAAACUAAAACUGGGAAAGCAUGGGUAAUGCUGCACCCUUUAUCUUUUCCUGUCAGUAGAUAAUAGUCCUUCCUUGGAGGUUCUUAAGCAGAGGUUGGAUGGCCACCUGUCAUGGAUGCUUUAGUUUAGAUACCUGCAUUGCUGGGGGUUGGACUGGAUGACCCUUGGAGUUCCUUCCAACUCUGCGAUUCUACAAUUCUAAAAUGCAUGGCAGCACCCAGCAGCUGUUAGCGAAUAUUCUAAAUUGAAUGUAUUCAGAUUAUCUUUUGUAUUUGUACAGAACUCAGAAUGUUUUGAAUAUGCAUUUUCUGUAGUUUCUAUGCUGGUUACUGCCUGAGGCGGCUCACCUGCUGCUCAGGUUGAUCUUAUUACAGCGCUCUGGACUGAAGCAAAAGCCUGUGUGCGAUUGUAGCUGAAAACGCUCCAAACCUGUCACUUAAUCAGGUGCUGAAAACUUACGUGCUGAUGUAGCCAGAGAAAGAAAUGAUGAAGAUGAAGAGUCCCAGUUUCUUGACCAUGAAAUAUGUACUUAAAUUCUGAGCAACCUUUUUUUAAAGAGGUACCGUGCUCCUUUUUUAUAUAGAUCAGAGGCCAUGAAUUUGGUAAGCCUGGCAUUCCACCGUUCUGUGGUACAGCUUGCUGCUGCCUGACUUCAGUGCUUCCCCUUAUGAAUAAAAUCUCACAUUAUCAUGUCUAUAACUGACCUUAUUUAUAAGGAUGGUGUGCAGAGGAGUUGCUCUGAACGGAUGCAGUGCAGCGGAACUGCUUAUGUUAAUCUAAUGAACAGCAUUUGUAUGGGUGUGUUUCUGUCUAGCUGAAUCCUGAAACAAUCAAUGUACCUGAACUUAGUACGUAUGUUUUAAACUUUAUCCUAACUUUAUUUUUAUGAAUGAAGCAGAGUGAAAAGUUCACACAACAGGGCUUUCUUCGUCCUCCCAUCUUUCCACAGCCCCUGUACCUCUGAGAAUCUGUUCCUGGGGUAGGAGGACAUUUGGGUGUGAUGUUAGACAGGGUGUGGGAGGGCUGCCAAUAAAGGCACAAGUUGACACAAUUUCCCCACUAUUGUGAAUGGAAGAACAACUUCCAUGCUCUGGAUUUAGGACUGAUAAGUAAAAAUCAAAAUUUUAAGUGAAAUAGGUUCUGUUUCCUGUAGAUGAAAUUUGUUAAGCAUAUCAUAUCUCUUUGCUGUUAGCAAGGCAGUGAGCUGAUGACGUAUUAACUUAAAGAUGAAAGCUAAAUAGUUUGCUGCCCCCCGCUCCAUAGUUUACCCUACUUAAAUAGUUCAAAAUCUGUUGAUUUAAAAUCUUGUACAAAUGAGCUUUUUGGAAAUUUGAAAAUGCUGCCUUUGUGCAAGCAGAAUCCAACACAAUGCUUUAAAGUGUCUAAGGUAAGGUGUUUCUGAAUCAUCUUGAAACAUGUGGUUGCAACUUCUACAAGUACUUUCAAGAUUGAAACUAGAACACAGGUUAGUGUUUCCAUUUUCGUACCUGCAGUUUGCAUCAUCUAUAGAAAGAAAGCAUUUACAGUCCAUUUGUAAGGCGUAUAUUGAAAGCACAUGCUUCAAAUGUCAUACCACAUGUCAGUUUAGUUGAGGUAUAGGAGGAUCUUGACUUAACUCCCCCCCCCACCUCUUAAGAGGUGCAACAUUGGGUUUCCCCAUUUCAAAGUAAAACAGCUGUAUAGCACAUGUGGGUGCUUUUCUCUAGAUGUUUGGGUGGGAGGGUUCUUGACAUUUUAAAUUAGUAUUUCAUUUCAGCAGUGUCUGCAAGAAAUUUAUGUAAAAGUUAAUAGAGCAGAUGUGGGUCAUCAAAAAUCUAUCUUUCUGAAUAAAAAUUCUGACUUGUUCUGAAUAUCCUUUCAUCACUGAACAAAUUUUGAAUGUGUUAAAGGAAAAUGAAAUGCUGUCAGUUUUACUGCUGUAACCGGAGGUUCCAUUGACAUACAGGAGUGCUAUGCAUGCUCUAUGUUUUAAGUUGUCCAGUUCAGGGACAUUAGCAUUGUCUUUAUUUAUUUCCAGUCUGCUCAAUUAUUACCAUUUGUGCAUCCAUUUUUAUUUUAUUUUUUUGCACACAUAGAGAUGCCCCAUUUAAGUAAACAUCAUGCAGGACCACACAGUGUUAGCAGGUGUGUGACAAUAUGAAAUAUUGAAAAUUAACUCAGUGGUGUACAGCUGUCUAAAAUUGACCUGAUAGAGAUAUUGAGAUAAAGAGAAAGUAAUGGGUGGCAUCCUAUGUUCCCACUCCAAAUGCCAGUUCCAGCAAUGCCUUCAACAAACUCCAUUGUGCUUUUACUUUUGUGAAUCAAAGCUGAUUGCAGUUCGCAUCUCGAGUCCUUUUCCUGACCUGUGGAUGAAGCUGCAUUCCUGACAGCCCCUUAACAUUGUAGAGCGGAAGUAUUGGUUGGCACCCAAUGUUAUUACAGAGAAAAGGCAUACAGAAAGAUCACCCCCCCAUGAUCUAUUUCUUACAUUUAUAUACCACUUUUUAGGUCAAGGUUCUACCCCCCCCCCCGGUAUAUCUUCACAACAAACCUCUGAGGGGAGGUUGGGUUGAGUGUGGUUGUCCCAAAAUCACCCAGUGAGCUUCAUGGUUGAGAGGGGAUUUGAACCCUGGCCUCCCAGAUUGUAUUUAUGACAGAGUUCAGAGAGAAAGGUCUUUUUUCUUCCUGCCAUUAUGUUUGAGGAAUGUGAUGAAAGGGAAGUGUGAUGAAUGCUAACGGUAGAUUAAAAAUUAGCAAAACCUAGCAACAAAUAAUUUUUUUGUAUAUAAAAGUAUUUUGUAAGUAUAAAGCAAGUGAAUCGCUCUGUGUGUGUGUGUGCGUGGUGUGUGUGAGUGAGUGAGAGAGAGAGAGAGAGAGAGAGAGAGACCAGGGCGCUAAAUAAUGUUAUUUGGAAAGUGCUAGCUCUUGCAACUGGUGUAUAUACCUUCCUUGACAAACUAUUAUUAUUAAGCUUGAAGUUCUGAUCAGCUUGUUCUUUGGUAUUUAAUACUAGCUGGUUUCCUUGUAAAAAUCAAAACCCACAAAUGCUUGAUGAAGGGAGACUCACUGCUAUGAUUCUAAUAAUACAUUUUAAACAGGAUUUUUUAAAGUCCUAGUUAUAGACCAGCACAAGUGAUGUGGUUAGAAUCCUGCACCUAGUUAAGUGUGCAAAGGUUUCAAUCUUCACUGAGCUUUCAUCGAGGUUUCAAGUACAUAUAAAUAAACUUGGGGUAGCAGCUGCUGUGUUGAAUUUCUAUAAUACACUGUAGAUAAAGUAUGUCUUGUGGCAUUUUGAUAAUUUUAGAAUGGAUUGCCAUGAUGAAACAGAGCACGUAAAUAUCAACAACUGUACGGUUCUAAUCUUGUUGAGAAAUGCUUGUUGCAUCUCAUGUAGAUGUAACUGCAGUGGAAGUCUUAUCAUUUUGUGUAAUUAUUCAGCAAUCAGUUUCUGUAUGACUUUGUAUUUCUAUACUGUUAAUGAAAAAAAUGUUUCUGUAAAUAUUUUUACAGAACACUGGUGCCAAAGAAAAACGUUUUCAUAGAAGUCAUCAUAAAGUAAGUUGAAUUUCUACUGUGGGAUUGCAUAUUUAUGUUUCUUGGUAUAGUUCUUAACUGUGUUGCAAAAGUAAGUAAAGAACUAGUAACUUUUUUUUCUUCAUAAUGAAGAACAGCAAUUUUCUGUCCUAGUCAUAAAGUUUCAAAAUGACAGCCUGAGAGAAUAUGAAAUUUACCUCUAUCAUCAAAGAUUACAAAAACCGAGAACUCGUCACGUAGAAUAGUUUUACUAUAUUUACCUUUAUAGAGAGGAAAGAUACACACUUAUUUUCUCAGGUAGUGCACAGACCAGAGGCCACUUUGAACACGGGUGAAGCUGCUAGCAUGUUUAAGUAGUUACUUACUGUACCUCUGCAUAUUGUCUGAACUACGUGUUUUAUCCAACACUGCAGUACUGUUUGUGCAACAAGCACCUGUGUAUGCAAAGGAAUGUCCCAUUCAUCUCUUGCAGUCCCUUGUGUGUCCUCAAAAUCUGCUCUGGAGGGUAGGGGGAUGCCCUCCCCCCCAGCAGAUUUGGGGAGAGAGAGGAAGGGAAGUCACAGAACAUGAGUGGAAAUCCGCUUGUGUCAUUGGAUACAACCCUGUGACCACUGUUAAUAAUCUGACUACGUAAACAAGCUGUGGCUGCUUCUCUUAGACUUGUAUGCGUUAGGGAGAAGGUAGCCUCUGUAAUGUUUGUUUCAGUUAGGAACUGGGGAGAAACUCAAUUCAGAUCUCAUUGGAAGCCAAAUCUAUCAAAUUGGUACUUCUGAAACAGUACGAGAACUAAAACACAACAAUCCAUUGAAAUUUGCAAUUAUUCAAAUUUUGCUAUGCAGUUUGUCAACCAAACACAGUUUACAAAAAUGCAUAUAGUGUGUAUAAAAAUGAAUACAUUGGUGAAAAUAACACAUAAACAUCCAUUAUAUUAGAGAAAGCUGCUUGCAAAAACAUGUACUUGUUAAACUGCAUAUAAAAAUGUGUUAGGAAAAAUCCGCACUAAAAUCCUGAUGAAUUUUCAUGCAUUCCCUCCACCCCCAAAUUUUAUUUGCAAAUUCCUGCAAAGUGUUGGUAACUAAAUGUAAGCUUAGGGAAAAUGAGAAACCGAAAAAAGCAAAAGUGGCAGAUCCUUCUGUCCUUUGUUUCAGUGUUGGUGCCGCUGGUGCAGUCAUUUAUAUAUUUAAAACACUUUUAUGCUAUACCAGUUGUUUCACAAUACAAAUAUAACAGUAAAACAACAGGGAGGGGAUAAUCCUUUCUUUGCACAGUCAAGGAGGCAAGGAAAGGGAUGCACAAGGCUAGGAUCUACUUCCAAUAUCAAAUCACAUAUAUGACUGAAGGCGCUACCUUAUACCGGGUCACACUCUUUGAACCUGGGACCUUCUGCAGCUAAAGCAUGGCCUCUGUGACCAGGUUAUGGACUUUGAGUGUGGGAGAGUGACCAAGACCUGUAGUUUUUAUAUUACUUCAAACAGUGUUUUUCAGCACAGGAAAAUCAUUGCUUUCCCCCUUUUCGAUUUGAGUAAUACGUCAACAGGUAAUGGGUAAAUGUUGACGCACAAGUGUGGGAACUAGAGGUAGAACUUGAACUCAUAUCUUGUAUACUGCUGUUAGUGGAACCAUUUUCUUUAUUUUUUUCUCUGCUAGUAGAAUUAGUGUCUUCAUAUGCGAUCACAGUAGUUUUGUACAUAGGCUUGUUUUAUGGCAUCAUAUUUGCUCUCUCCAGUACACAAGCACCAUGUGUACAGUUUUAAUAUCCACUGCACCUGGAAAGUAGGCUUUAUAACUACGUGGAAAGUCCCCCCAGCCUUUAAUCAGCAGUUUUCCAUAUCUAAAUCUGAAAUACAGAGGCUGAAAUCAUUAGUCAUUCAGUGAAGAAAUGAAUAAUAGAAACUGCAAGAAUAAUGUGGAAGAAGUUUCAUCUAAUUGAGAAAGUAGGUGAUGCCCAAAUUUGUGUUGCUUCGCUCUUUGUGAAGUAGCAGUUUCAAUAUCAGAACCAGGCCAGCCUUUCUGUGUCAAGAUAUAAGCUAUGUGUACAAAACAAAAAAAUGGAGUAUUUGAUACCAAACUCUGUAGAUUGGACUGCAAUCCAUAGCUGUCAACUUACAGAUUUGAAAAUAAGGGACCAGCAGCCUUGAAAAUAAGGGACCAGCAGCCAAAAUAAGGGACCUGCAGCCUCAUCUGUUCUAGGCACUCCAGUCUUCCUGUCCUCCUGCAGUCUGGUCAAACUCAUGCUGGUAGCUUCGAGAACACUAUCCAACCAACUUCAUAACCAGAGGUUCAACUGAAUAGAAUCUGAAUCACAUGUACCACAAGGCCUAUGCAGCCUCAACUUAAGAUGGCUCCCCGGCCUGGCUUUGCACUGCAAAGUUUGCAGCAGCACGUGCAACAAAAUGGCGUCCAGCGUUCAAAAUCCCCCUCAGCUUGCAUUAACUAGCCACACACACACAGUCUCUCCCCCCCACGAGAUCUCCUUUCCUUUUCCCCCACCAUGUGCCCCUGCUCCAGACAGACCUUUUCACCGGCAAGGGUGAGUGGGCCGUCGAUGAUGUAUCCAUCCGAUUCCGAUCCGAGCACUCAGCACAGGUAUGUUCAACUUCUGAGCCGCUCUGAGCCAAAGGCAGAAAGCCCAGCCAGCAGCCAAACGGGCUUCUGGCUCAAGGAAAACCUCAAGGAAAACCACCGUCACCUCUCCGCAGGGAAGCGCUGAGCAAAGGCGAGUCCCCAGGGAACGCAGCCGACUUGAACAGCACAAGACAUGCAAGCUUCACCCCCCAGUCAUUCUUAGACUUCUUAUUGGGUGAGCAACACAGCCAAGCAACACAGUUGGAGCCUCCCUCCUCCCUGGCCGGCAGGGAGGGAGGGAGAGGAGCUGCUUCCUUUGAAAUUUAAGGGACAUCAUUUAAGGGACAUCCAUCAAUAAGGGACAGCAGCGGGACAUGUCGCUGGAAAAGGGACUGUCCCUUCAAAUAAGGGACACUUGACAGCUAUGCUGCAAUCCUGUGCAUACCCACCUACAACUAAGGCCCAUUCAAUACUUCAGGAUGUCCAAUACAUAUGCAUAGGGUUGUGUAGUAACUUUCAGCUCUUGUUUUAAUUGAGAUAAGCAAUUGGAUGUUAGAAAUCAAAGACCUGAACCCAUUUGUGUAUGUGUCUGUUCCUUUAAAUUUGUGGAACUUGGAUUCCUUUAAUUGGCUCAAGGGAUUUAUAUAGGGGGAAGGGCAAAUAAAGAAACUAUAACUAGUAUUCUGGUGACUGAGAGGUGGUGAGGCUUGACUUCUGAGAAACUGAGAAACCAGGUCUGCCCCUCUCUUGUUCAUCAUUGGGGUGACUUCACAUCCAAACAUCUUUCUGCUUGCAGCUGAAGUUACUCUUGUUUCCUAACCUCCCUUCACCCUCUCCAGGCCUUAAUUAGUUGCACUUUUAUUCAUUCAUUUAGAAAGGUGAAAAAUUGCUGCUGUUAAGGUUUCUUCCAUGUCCUGUGAGUUAAGAGUUAAAAUUUGAAAGAAAAAUACCUUCUUAAAGGCUCAUAAGUUGUGCUUGUUAAGGGAAUCAGUCCUUGGAAUAAAAUACGUCUUCCAGUAUAAUGGAUAGUCAGAUUAUGAGAAGGCCACAGCAAGAUAUGGACAAAAAAUAACCCUCCACUGCUCAUCACCCUGCAACUGAUACUCAAUGAAUAUUUCUUCUCAACCUGGAGGUUCUGUUUAGCUGAUUUGCCUAAUGCAUUUGGACAGACCCCCAUCCCAACAACCAUAACUAAAGAAAGGUGUUUUUCAGCAUUACUGAAAAAGUUUGCAAAAAAUGUGAGUGGAUUAGGUUCAGUGGUGAUCUAGUUGACAAAGCAAGCACAGUGAUGCCCUGUUGAGCCUGCGUAUAAGAUCCUUGCAGAUGGGAGAUUUGAAUUAACUGUAAUCAAUAGCCUAGAGUCCACUUAGAUUCUCGCUACUCUCGUUGGUGCAUUUUCCUGAGUCAUAACAAAAGUUCUGUAAUUGUCAGUGAGGGAAGAUAACAGUGAUUUGCUGUCCAAAUCACAAGCUGUGUCAUAACACUAUAAUAACACUAUUUGCAGGUACAGUUUCAAAAUGCUGUGGCAUUUUUCUCACUUACGCCUUGAGCUCGAGCUAUUCCCCCCCUCCUUUUAAAAUAUGACACUGUCUGCUCAUUUUCCUUUUGAGCACUGGGUCCCACCUUCGAACUCUUCAAAUGAAGCAUGCAGUCAAAAGCCCCAUUCUAUUUGGAAUUUCAUGAAGAAGAAUUAUAAAUGCUGAUGAUCAGUUGUAUUAACAGCAGAACCCCUUUUAACCACAAAGUAUCUAGGAAUUGACUUAUUACCAAAAUAAAAACCAUUGCACACCCCAGCUGCUUCUUCCCUUCUUAAUUUCCAGCAAUUAAUUUAUUGCCAAAAUAAAAGCACUCCACACCCCAGCUUUUUCUCCCCAAUUAAUUUAUUAGCCAAAUAAAAUCAGUGAACACCUCAGCUAUUUCUCCCCUCUCAAAAUCCAGCAAUUCAUUUAUUAACAGGAAAUCAUUGCAACCCCCAGCUCUUUCUUCCCCUUCCCCUUCUUCGUUUCCAGUCCAGUAAUUAAUUUCCUAUAACAAGUUUUAUUUAUAAUUUCUAUUGCUUUUUUUAUUAGUGUGCUACAUUUCUGACCCCAUUAAUGCUGGUGAGCCAAGUUGGAAUAGUGGCUAGAGAGUUGGGCUUGGAUGUGUUAAAUUCAGGCACAAAUCUGAGCUUGGCUAGGGAGAAUACUGGAUGGCUUUGGGCAAGCCAUCUCUCAUGUAUACCUUUGUCCGCCUCCCCAACUUCACAGGCCUGUAGGCUUCUUCUAUGAAGUACUGAGCGCCUUGGCAGAUGGAUGGAAUACAAAUACCAUGAACCAUAGCCACACUGUGAGGUGCUUUGGUGGUGUGCAGGUCACUCAGUGGCUGUCCGAGCAAAGAAGGAUAGAUUGUGCUGUUAUCAAGUUUUCAGUAAUGAAAGCUUCUAGGGCUGGAAGCAAGGAACUGUUAAGUGGUGUGUAUUAAGACCAAGUGAAAGAUGGCUACCAUUUGUAGGUUGGUUCCUAUAGUUCUUAUUUGGGUAUUUAUUUGCUUUUAAAACCAUCCUCCUGAUAGAUGUUAACUCAAUUUUAAGAACACAUUGCAGUGGAAAGAAGCUGCCAGGGAGAAAAGUUAACUGUUAGCUAACUUUUCCUAAGCUAUCUCUUAUCUAGGAAGAGUUUUACAUGUUCCUCCCAGCUAAGAGUCCCACACAGGUGGCUUCUGAUCUAAAACCUUCACAGUUUUACAUGGUUCCAACCUGGCAAAGGUAUACAAUCAAAAGGAUAAAGAAACUUUAAAAAAGAAAAAUAAGGUGAAACAGUGAACGGGUAAAAAAACCAAACAAGCUCAAAAUUGCAGAGAUGGCCUGCCAAGCUCAAAAAGAUUUUUUUGUUGUUUUGCUGAACUCCACUGGGAAGUAUGUAAGUUGCUCGUCGAAGGGCCACAGCCUACUCAGUUCAUAAAUCAUUUGUCUUCAGUGUCAUGCUUUCAGUUUUGUAUCACUUUCAAAACAGCUUCCACAUCCUACCAAAGAGAUAACAGUAUUGCAUUAAUUCCUCAGAGUGUGUGUAGAUAAGCAUGCACACAUAUGCUUUCCUUUUGCAAUUCUGUGCACUUGGAAUUUUAUGCAGAUUGUGGAAGGAGGCGUAGAAUUUUGUCCCCCCCAAAUCUCUUAUUUGUGUCUUGUGUUCAUGAAAAUGUGUUUUAAAACAGUACUUGCCAGGUAUGUAAACGGCUCCUUUGUUCAUGCAGUGGAGCAUCUGUCUUCUUUCUACAUGGUCACAUGUCUAUUCCUUAUGUCUUCCAUUUUCCUGCGUAAAGGUUGCUCAUCUACUCCUUUCCCCAUGAUCACACACACUAAGAUAAUAAAAAUGAAAUGCAGGGUUUGGAAUGAAAUAUCAAUGCAAAAGAAGCCAGUUUUAUUGACACACAUAACUUGGGUUUUGUAGCCCAAAAUCUUCCUUUUUAAAAAUUAGUUUAAACACGCCUUAGUGCAUUAGCUGUGGCUGGAUGGUUACGUGGGAGCCGGUUGAAGUUAAAUCCUUCGAAGACAGAGGUUCUCUGGCUGGGACGGGACGAUAGGGAUUGCGGGGGGGGGGUCAACUCCCAUCUCUUGCGGGGGUGCAAUUAGUGCCAGCACUGUCCUUUAAGAGUUUGGGUGUAAUCUUUGACACCUCCCUCUCCAUGGAGGCGCAGAUUACAGCUAUAACAAAGGCAGCAUUUUUUCAUCUCUGCCAACCUAAGCAGUUGGCUCCUUACCUCUCUCGCCCUGACCUAGCCACUGUGAUCCACGUGACUGUCACCUCCAGACUGGAUUAUUGUAACUUUCUCUACGUGGGGCUGCCCUUGAGACUGACCCAGAAACUCCAGCGGGUGCAGAAUGCCACGGCGAGACUCCUUACGGGGUCCUCGCUGCAAGAUCACAUUCACCCGGUGCUAUACCAGCUGCACUGGCUCCCGGUGGAGUACAGGAUCAGGUUUAAGGUGCUGGUUUUAACCUUUAAAGCCCUUGUACCUAUGGGACCGCCUCUCCUGGUAUGUCCUACAGAGGAACUUACGGUCUUCAAACAAAAACAUCUUGAAGGUCCCAGGCCACAGAGAGGUUAGGCUGGCCUCAACUAGAGCCAGGGCUUUUUCGGCUGCGGCUCCGAUCUGGUGGAACGCUCUGUCACAAGAGACUAGGGCCCUGCAGGACUUGACAUCUUUCCGCAGGGCCUGCAAGACAGAGCUGUUCCACCAGGCCUUUGGUCAGGGCACAGCCUGACUCCUUCCUUUGGCAAUCUUCACAGAACUCUAGCCCAAUGGUUGCCAUCAAUUUGAUUUAAUUAAUUUUAUAAUGAAAUGAUUUUAGAAUGUUGUACUAUUUUAUUGUUGUUAGCCGCCCUGAGCCUGGCUUCGGCUGGGGAGGACGGGAUAUAAAUAAAAUUUAUUAUUAUUAUUAUUAUUAUUAUUAUUAUUAUUAGUUUGUUCUAAUUACCUGGAUUUUAGCAUAGUGGAAUUUACUUAGUUUGUGAUGUUUUAUGAAGAACAGUUGACUUGCAAAUUGCUUUGAUACCAGUGGCAGCCAGUGAACAGUGCGGCUUGACAGCUACAUGAAGGCAGGACUGAGGGGGUCAGAGAGGCAAAAUCAAGAUUGUCUUAGGACAUGGGUACAGAUCCGGGAUUAGCUGGAGGGCCAGUUAGUUAUUUCCACUACCUCUUGCGCAUAAAGUUUGGCAGAUGGGCGGGAUCACCCCCCUGCCCGUCAUCCAAUGUCACAAUGUUUGUUUAUUUGUUUGCUCUUCAUACAUCAUGAGAGUGCUUUGAAAAGUACAGUGCAAGACCCUCUUGAGAAACCACAGCAAAACCUGACAAUCAGUUGAUUCUCAGGUAUUGAGAAACCAGUUUCAAAUUGCUGUCUUUUACAGCAAUUUGCAGGGGGUUCUCUGCAAGACUCAAAAACCAGCUGCUAGCUCUCUUUGCAUAUAGGGUUGCAGGAACAGUUGAUCAGCAAAUCCACUUUUGACUGAGCCAGAUUUUUACCUGGCCCACACCUGAUGAUGCUGAGUGUAGCACAGGUGAGUGGUCUUGUGGGCCAAAUGGGGUAGCUUGGUGGGCUGGAGGUUCCCUGCCUCUUCCUUAGAAUGAAGGGAAUAUGGUUGACUUCGAAUGAAGGGACUCCUGUGCCUUUGGUGACAUAUGGUUUUAUUGACACAUAUACUGUAUACAGAUUAUACAUGAGAUGGACAGGCUCACAGCAUCAGCAUGCCAACAGAUACUGCUACCCACUUAGAUUUCUAGAGAGCUUUUCAGGGUCCUAGGGCCCAGCAAAAUCAGGCCUGUGUGUGUUCCCAGCUAGGCUUGGGUCAAGUUUUCUCUUAUACUCAUUGGGAGGAGUUCACUGUUGCGCUGACUGAGGUGAUUAUUCCAUCAAGACAAGCAUUUCAAUUUCCAGAUGGAACGAUCAGCUUUCUCCUACUCCUAUAUGCUGUUCCUGGGGUUCUCCCAACCCCCUGGACAAAUUUCAGGGAGUAUGGAAAGGAGGAGAGGGGGGAAAGCUCCCUUGUGUAAGUGGAACAAUUAGCUGAAUGCCACCCUUUUCAGUGAGUGAAUCGGUAUAAGCAAAACAGCUACUUCUCUCAGUGGCCCAACCACCCGCCUGCCUGGCUCUCAGAACAUGCUCUGCUGUGCAGUCUGUAAGGCAGGGGAAGCUUAGCCCACCCAGCCCACAUCUGGUGCCAUACAUGACAUCAGGUAUGUGAUGGGCAAGGGUGCGGCUUGGAAGGAGCAAUCAGGAGCCUAAAACUACCCUGUGCGCUCCCAGUUCCCCAUCAGCUGAUGGGCCUUCAAACCCUGCUCCUUGAUGUUUAUCCUUAAAACCAUAGAGAUGUAUGUUUUCAAUGGAAGUGUACAUUUUGAUAUGGAGCAGAAUUCAGCCUUCAGGGUUACUGAAAUUUUGCAAAAUAAAAUGGUUAUAUCCACUUCAGGCAUACGAUAACUGCAAGGGCAAUAUUCUCUAAGUAAAAUAAAAAAUUGCAGAUCUUUGCUACAAUGUUAUGAUUUGUAAUGUUAUGCUUUUUUUCUGUUUGCAAAAUAACUAAUGUUUUUGUUACAACAUGCACACACACACAAACUCUACAUAGGAUGAACACUACAAUUUAAUUCAACUUGUAGAAGUAAUUGUGUUCACUAUUCACUUGCAAAGCAUACACUGUAUUCUCAACUGCUGCUUCUGUUUAGGAAACAUCUUUUCAGAAGUUAUAGCGCAUUUCUCUUGGAAUAUAAAGUAGUUUCAGUAUACUUAGAUUGCUUUGGAGUAGAUCAGCAAGUCGUUACAGCGAAAGCUUUCAAGAGGCAAUACAUUAGGAAAAAAGCAGCAGUAGAGAUACCUGUAGAGAGCACCAGGCGUGCCCUAAAGCAAUAGACAAUAAUUAGUUGCUUAUUCCCAUGCAAACUCUCCCAAGUGUUGAUGUUUAUAAAAUUCAGAGAUCAGUGGAAUAUCGUCCUCAAACUCUGCCUGCUGAAGUUGUUUACGCCCAUUCAAUUUUUAAUAUACCUAUACGAUGCUUUGAUGAGGGCACUUAGCCCGGAGAGACUUGCAUGCUUUAUCACACCUCUAGUGAUUCCCACCCCCCAAGAAAAAAAGUAAGAGGAGUUGAUCAGAGUAUUCAAAGUUCUGACUUACACUUCAGAAUUAAUAACAACAUAUUAACAAAGUGUUUCCUAGGGUUUCAUCUUCCAGUUUCAAUGAUUGAAUAUGAUCUUUGUAGCUUCCAGUGUGGCUGGAGUGUGAAGUUCCUGCUGUCAACAAUAUCUGCAGUGGUAAUGGCUGCCCACUGUUUGUGGAUAUCUGAUUUGUUAAUUAUUAGGUUCCUGCUUCAGCUGAAGUAAGAAAUCCUGGAGUCUUCCAUGUGACUUGACAUCCUAUAGCAGGAUGCUAUAAUUUGUGUAAUUUGUUCACUGUGGUUUGGUAAGGAUACAUUACUUGAAAAUAGUCCUUUAAUUUUUUUUUAAAAGGCUAUUUUUCUGUCUGUUCUGCAAACAUGUUUAUAUUCUGGUUGUCCCUGUUUACAGUCUCCUGUGGAGACUUUUCCUCAGUGUUGCAGUAUACAAAGACUCCUGGUAUAGAUGGCACUGGCAGGGACUGCUAAUCAGAGUAGCAACCUGAUUGCUGGUUUAUAGUGAUGGCCACCAUCUUGGAUGGCUUUAAAAGAGGAUUGGGCAACUUUGUGGAUGGUAAAGCUAUCAGUGGCUUCCAGCCAUGAUGGCUGCAUACAGCACUAAAGUACUGAAGGUUUUCUCUGAAUGCUGGUUGCUAGGAAACACAAUUGGGGACCAUACUCUUGAGCUCAUGUCCUGCUUGCAGAUUUUCCAUGGACAUCUGGUUGACCACUGUGAGAAUGGGUUGCUGAACUAGCUGGACCUUUGGCCUGAUCUAACAAGGCUCUGUUUUUUGGGAAGAGAGAAAAACCAACCACUGCUCCGUUCUGUAUCAAAUUGUAGGAGAAUUUCGCUUGGAGAAUAAAGUCUCUGAGUUCUCUUUGCCCAUUCCACAUGUUCCAAAAUAUUAUUUAACCCCCAUGGGGGGAAGGACAUGUAGCCCUCCAUAUGUUGGGACUCCCAGUUCCCAGCAUGACCUGUGGUCUGGGAAGGCAGUUGUAGUUCAACACCAUUUGGAGAAUCAUAGGUUUCUCACCUGAUGCAUCAGGGAGGGGAAUUGGCUUUGGAGGAGGUGUACACUCAGAUGCAUUUCCCGAAGUGCAAUUCCUGUGUUUCUGUCUCCCUUCUAAAAAUCAUGACCCUCUAAAAAUGCAACAGUGGAUUCUCUUACAGUGGUACCUCGGGUUAAGAACUUAAUUCGUUCUUGAGGUCUGUUCUUAACCUGAAACUGUUCUUAACCUGAGGUACCACUUUAGCUAAUGGGGCCUCCUGCUGCUGCGCCGCUGCAAUUUCUGUUCUCAUCCUGAAGCAAAGUUCUUAACCCGAGGUACUAUUUCUGCGUUAGCGGAGUCUGUAACCUGAAGCGUCUGUAACCCGAGGUACCACUGUACAUUAAUGUCACUUUUACAGAACUGAGUUAGUGACUAGGUCUCAAAAAGCAUCUAGGAUAAUAGCAAUCCAUUAUGGAAGAUGUUGUACCGUUGUCACUUUUUUCUACAUGUAGGCACUGAUACUACUUUUUUUCCACAAGCGUGGAGGACACCGCAGCAAGAAGCAGCUCUUCUCUAUGGAGAAUUGCAUGCUGACAUGUGCAGAGAUGCUCAGUCACAUGACACACUCCAGGGGUGCCUGCAACAUAAAGACUUGCCCUCCUCACAUCCAUCAUAAUGAUGGACAUUUCUCUUCUUCAUAAAGGUACCUUAGUUAUCUUAUUCCUUUGAAAAGUAACAUUAGUUGGGUCAUUAGAUAGCCACCAGAUCUACUAUGCAAAAGCUUAGGAGUUAUUUAUUUAUUAAAUUUAUAGAAGACCCCAUAAAAUAAAUAAAUAUAUAUUUAUUUGAAUGUUGCAUAUUGCUCUACAUCAUACUAUAAGGGUUUAGCGUCAUCAAAAAGCUGUGGUUUCCUCCACACACACCGAAGUGUGCAUGUGUUAUUUUUGGUUUAUUUUCUGUACCUAUUAUGAACAGGCAUCAUCCAUGAAGAAUUAUUUAAAAAAAGAUUUUGAUAGUGGCAUUGAACUAAGUAGCAAAUGUUAACAACUGAUGAAUGAUUUACAUUUGUUCCAGCUGUGAACUUGUCAGCUGUCCUUUGCUUUCUAAGAAUAGGUGUUUCUUGAUCGUUUUUGUUUGAUUUCCAAGUAUAUGUCAUUUGUUAACAUUAAGCCCUCAACCGGCAUAUCCUGUGUAAAACUGGUAUGCUAAAGCAUAAACUCGACAGUUACCUAUUUACAUAGAGAAAUAUUAUUUAUUGGAGUUGGAGAAGCUGUACGAAAGCCUUCAGGGUUUUUAAUUUCGUUUAAUUAAUAUAUUAUUUUCCUAAAAAAUCUUUUCUCCCUCACUGGAAAAAACUUGUUGCCUGGUGAUAUGAAAGACUGAUAUUGUGUGUGUGUGUGUGUGUGUGUGUGUACGUACACACACACACACACACACACAUACACACACACCAAUCUAUCUUAAUAUUUUAUUGCAGCAGUAUAAUGUGUUAUAGAGGUGGACAAGGCUGCAGAUUGAAAUGUGGAUCAUCCAGAUUGUUCCUUUCCCUAGACCAUAUGGUCUAGUUCUAAAAGCCUUUUGUACACUGUCUGUUCAGUUAAUUGUAAACUCAGUCUUUAACAUACCUAAUAAAAUAUAAGUGGACAGAUAGGCAAACUCUACAUAUUCUUGGAGCACCCCGGGAAUGUUAGCCACGUCAGUGUAAGAAAUUUCCAGUCUCCUCAUAUUUGGUGAAGAUUUAUUGCCAGUGAACAUCUUUGAAUGUUGUUUUUUUUCCUAUACAUGAAUGCAAACUUUCAUGUUUUUUUGAUCACAUACAUUAGAAGCUCACGUUUCUAUGGGCAAGAGAGCCAUCGUCUCAAUGAAACAUGCGUAAGAAAGAGAGAGGCUUUAAUAUACUACAGAACAUUUCAGCGUAGUGUUAUUCCUCCAGCAGACAGCCCUCUGCCAGUGGGUGAUGUAUGGUAACAAGUAAGAUUUAUGACAGAUGGAUAGUAGGAUUGCUAAUACACCUACACAACUUCUAGCUUCUAGUGUUCUCUGUGCCUGAUAGGUUUUGUCUUCACAUCCUGUUCUUUUGUUGCCCUUUGCAUGGUCUUGAGACUAUGAGACUGAGCAUCUUAAUUUGCUUUGUUGCAGAUGGUUUAUUCUGCUCUUGAUUUAAGAGAGACUGCACAGAGCCAGACAUCAAUAGCCAUACUACCUGCUUGGAAAUAACCUGUAUUAGCCAUUGGCAAAUUUAUUAGUUCUGUAGCUUCUUAACUGCAAAGAACCCAAGGUUAGGAAAGGCUGCUUUGGAAACCAUGGAGAUGGCAAGUGAAUUUGCAAAGUUGAGUACUGAGCACAGGGGUGAAGAAAGCAAUUAAGCCACUCUAAAGCAUGGUUUGCUGGUUUUGAAGCUGAAAACAUGGUGUGGGUAUGGUUAGUACAAACUUCUGGGGUGAAUUAUUCUUAUAGGUCCCAAUUUAUGAUUAAUCAGGGCACAGGAAGUUCCCUUUAGUGACAAACGUUAUAUCAACUUUAUUAUUUAUAUAAGGGAUUACCAAAAAGGUGCCCAAGGGCACCAGUGUGAGUGCCAGUUCCUCCUACAGCAACUGCAAAAGUCUCAGCAAAUAUCCUCUCAAAAAUCUACAAUGCUCAGUUUCUGUUUUUAGUGGUUCAGCCUCUCCUACAUAGAAGCUGCCUUAAUAGCUUCUGCCUGAAUAGAUUCCCAUCUAUUCUGAACAGAGAAGAGGUACACAGAGCUUCUCUCUGUGAGGGAGCACGGUACGCGCCUUUCCUCCCAUUGAUUGCAGGGAGCGCAUUUCUGCACCAUUCUGUGCUCUUUUAGAUGUGGCAUCCAUUUUGUGCUAUGCUCUCAAUACAGCCAUUUUGUGACUGCUGCCCACGGCACUCCCAGAGGUGCCCCCUGGCUGAAAAGGGUUGGCGAUCUGUGAUUUGUAUAGCAUUGUCAGCAUUCAUGGAGCUUUGCUUAAGUAUAAUAGGGCAUUUCUGAGGGAAGGAAUCUUGCUUCUCUGUUACAUAAUGCCCCCUUGAAAGAGAGGAGAGGUGAGGAAAUCAUAAGCGGUCUGGGACUUUUGGAUUGGAUCAGAAUUUGCAGCCUGGAAUUGGUCUGGUUUUGCCUCUUCUUUCCUAACGGACAUUUAUUUUAUUUAUUGAUUUAUGAGAUUUAGAUACUGCCCUUCACCAAAAGAUCUCAGAACAGUUCAGAAGAUAAAAAUUUGAGAUAAAAGCACAAAUAAAUAGUUAAAGAACCAACAAAGCAAUGUCUCCCCCCACAAACACAUUUAAAAGGCCAUAGAAUAUGUAUCAGCCUAAGACCUGGUUGCAGAGGAGCGUUUUUGCCUGGCGCCUAAAGAUAUACAGUGGUACCUCGGGUUACAUACGCUUCAGGUUACAUACGCUUUAGGUUACAGACUCCGCUUACCCAGAAAUAUUACCUCGGGUUAAGAACUUUGCUUCAGGAUGAGAACAGAAAUCGUGCUCCGGCGGCACGGCAGCAGCAGGAGGCCCCAUUAGCUAAAGUGGUGCUUCAGGUUAAGAACAGUUUCAGGUUAAGAACGGACCUCCGGAACGAAUUAAGUACUUAACCAGAGGUACCAUUGUAUAAGGAAGGCACCAGGCAAACCUCCCUGUGAAGAGCAUUUCACAAAUAGGGAGCCACUGCAGAAAAGGCCCAUUUUUGUGUUGCCACCCUCUAGACCUCGUGUGGAGGAGGCAAACGGAAGGGCUUCAGAUGAUGAACAUAGAGUCUAGGUCAGUUUACCGGUAUAUGGGGAGAGGCAGUCCUUGAGGUAUUGUGCCUGUACUGUCCUUGAGGUAUUGCAUGUGUCGUGAUGACACAACUGUUCAUGCACACCUUUUUUCUCUGGAUCAAACAAAAAAUGCAUUUUAUUCCACUACUUUUGUUCCUGAAAUGUCACUUUAGGAAGUCGUAUAAAAAUCUGAAUACCAGAUGCUGAGCAUGCGAAAUUGCAGUAAUUUUUAAGCCAUGUGCAAAACUUUACUGGUUUAUAGCAACACCAUUGAUAAAACACCAUUGAGAAUGAUUGGCUAGGUGAAAAUACUCCUAUGUGGAGUAAAGUUGCAACUUUCUCCCCACUUUCCUAUUAUUUUAACCUAGGUGAAAAAACAUUUAAUUGCUACUGUGGAUAUUAGAUAUUGAAAAACAUACGACAGCUGCAGCCUGUUUUUCAUGUUAUGCAAAGGAACACAUUAUCCAUUUUUCCUCUAAAGUGAGUAACCCAAGUUUCAAAAGAGAAAAAGCACCUGUUAAGCAUGAAAAGUGAGAAAUGAGAGAAACACAAUUUGCCUGCUUCUUUUGAAACUUCUGAGCUCAUCAGAGGUGUACAGAUUUCUUGUUUUCAUGUUCCAUGUGUUGGCAGCAAGCGCACUCAGGAAUGGACAUUUUUCAGCCAGAAAAUAUUGGAGCCUCACAGUCUUAUGGCAUGUCAUGCAUGCCAGUAAAAUUAGAGGCUUGUCACAUGUGCAAGCACGCAUCUUGAUUUUGGUAUGAUGUCACUCUGAAUCACAUAUGUAUCUGUGGGCAGAAAUCCAGACCCUGUUUACUACUGAUUCAUAGAAACUGAAACCGAAGGACCUGUGUGUAUAACAAUUUCAGUGUGCAUGUGAGUGAGAAGAUUCUUAGCAAGGUUUACAAGACCAUUCUUGAAUAUACUUGGUUGGAACCAGCCUUAAACAUGUUUUGAGUAGUGUCACUGAUUUCAGAGGAUCAGCUUGUGGUUAGUCUGAAGAGAGCUAAACCUAAGCCAAGCCAGGCCAUUACUUACCUCAAUGCAACACAGCACCAGAAUGUCAGUGGAGGAGCAAAGCUCUUCUGGAACCUGCACACUUCACACUAAACCAUGGUUUAGCAUGGCAUGGAAAUGAGGCCACUGCGACUCUUUUAUACCUCAUAAUACUCAACACAAUAAUGUCAACGCAGAUCAAACAUGUGCCUCUUUUUAAAGCAAAGGGACUUGUGCUUUGGUAGUAGCUCAUUAUGAGUAACCAGGAAAGUGCGCACUGUUUCGGGAUAAUCACAUUUGCUUUGAAUCAUGGACUUGGUGGGUACAGUGGGUACCACUGCCUUCUUGAAGUAGAACUCCUAAUUUCAAGUGCCCAAGGAUGAUUCCAGAUGAUAGUUUUUAAGCAAAGGUUGAAAUUUAACUUUUAGUUAUUAUCCCUUCAAUAAUUCCUUUAGGAAGUGUUGCAUGAUUAAAGAUGCACAUUUCUCUUAAAGUGCACACUGGUUUCCAGUUCAAACAUGUAUUUCUCAGUUAAUACCUGUGACUGGAAAGCUCUGGGUAGGUUUCUGGCUUUGUUUUUCCAAUGCAUUGUGAGUAUUUGUGAGCUACUAAGCUCUCCAUCAGGUUUUUGAUUCCAUCUAGCUCAAUAUUGUCUGUUCUUGACUGGUGGUAGCAAUCCAGGGUCUCAGACCGAACAUCUUUCUUGUGACUUACUACUUGACCAUGUUAGCCACAGCUGCAAAGAGAUGAACCUGGGACCUCCUGCAUUCAAAGCAUGCAUCCUGCCACUGUGCUAUGGCUCAUGUGUGUGUCUCAACUAGGUAAUUCUAAUUAGGAAGUUUUUGUUUAUAAUUAUGUGUUCAGGACAAGUGAGACAAAAUGGCAGAAACAUUUUAUAAUUUUAAAAAAAACCCUUUUCUCAGUAUUGGAGUUUUGUUUUUGGUUUUUUUUUAAAAAAAAACCCCAGCAACCCUAAAAGAUAGUAGUGGUCAAGUUAUUUUUCCCCCCAUCUGUAUGAUAAAAAAUAAAUUCACUUUACUUUGAAGUCCAUUGUGGCUGAAGAAUUCAAUGCAGUAAAAGAACAAAACUGAAAGACUGUGAGCUGAAAGGCAGCAAAACAAGAAAUUCUCAACAAAUGUAACAGUGACAGAAGUGCCUUGAAAAAGGGAAGACCCAUCAGAAACAGAUCAGGAAUGAACUUGCUGGUUUCACCCCAAAUCUGUGUUAGUGCUCAAAAUUCUGCUGUUAUUCUAAGGAAAAGCACUAUACAAAUUAUUGUAAGUGCCUAUAAAUGGGUUGAAAUAAUAGGGAUAAGAAUGUAUGAAGCUUCCUCGAGGUCUUUUUAAUGAAAUCCUUUACUCCCAAGAAAAUGCUGAAUGCGUGGUACCAAAGCUUUGUGGUGGCUAUUUUAAAAUAUAAAGGGAAUUGUACACUGUGCGCUAAUUAUCACCCAAUUAAGAGGAAAUAGCAUGUUAUGAGAUUCUGGAGGAAGAUUAUUGAAAACGUCUGUGAAAUAGUUGAAAUUUGGAAAGGUCAUUAUGGUUUUAUGCUAGGCUGGAGUACAGCAGAUGCUAUGUGUUGCUGUUUACAUGCAAGUUAUAGAAGCAUUCAGAAAUAUUAGUUGUAGUUAGGUAUGCUUUGUGCAUCUGGAAUUGAUAGUUGCCUAUGCAUAGGGAAGCUAGUAUGGUUGAGUGUACAAUGAGUGCGCAUUGAUUAGUAAUCCAACAGUUUGCAUUUUGAAUGUGAGGCUGAGGAAGAAGCAGGGUGAAAAAUGUGUGCAGCCAAAACUAGCAAAGGGUCCACUGGUCUUCUGGGUCCGACACCUUUACAUGCCCUGAAAUGCCUUUUGGAUGUUAAAAAUGCAGGGAUCAUUUAUUUUGAUGUCUGUAGCAGGCUCCUAAACUUAGUUAAAUCUCCAUUCUGGGGAAAGCUAUACCUGCUGAAUAUCUGCCUCUUUUGCUGCUCUGAAAAGCACAGGAACCAGCUGCAUAGAACUUGUCCCCUGCAUAUGUGUAACAGGAGGCAUCUUUCUAGAUCAAUGCUUUCCAAAUAUUUUUGCCCACGGACCAGUUCAAAAUUGCUGAGAGUCUUGCGGGACCACUUAAUGAUAUGUGAGUAUGCAUGGGAUUGCAGUUUCUCUAUGCACCGCCCACCAUUAUGUCAACCUAUUGUUAACUGCUGGCUCUCUGUUGUUAGCUGCCCUGCCUCUGCCCUGCACUCCCCAGUGGGUACCAGUUGGUGCUGGUGAGCUCCUUGUCACCAUGACAGUAUCUGAAGGGGACCGCUGGUGGGCCUACAUCAGAUCUUAGCGCAGUGCCUUCUUGUUUACAGCAGUCAUUCAUAUGAUAAGUGAAAGUAUACAAAGAGAAUAUGACUAUUUCUAAUGUAUUGAUAUGCACUGAAGAUUAUUGGGACUUACUAAUUAGUUUGAAUCUGUAACAAAGGAGCAUUGACGAUGUUAGAGUGAAUAUUAAUAAGAACAAGGCUGAUAAUAUCCUGAAGGUGACUUCAGGACGAGUUUAGAAUAGUUGAACAAUCUUGUUCAUGUCUACUCAUAAGUAAGCACCAUUGAAUUCAAUAGGAUUUUACUCCCAUCUAAAUGUGUACUGUAUAGGAUUUGCAACCUGAUUAUCAUUUCAGUGGUAGUUUCUGACAAUGAUAUCAAUCUUUGAGGUGUCCAGAAUAAUACAAAAAAGAUAACAUUGAAUGAACUCAAAAACUUUUGUUGGAAAAUGCCUAUAAAUCUGUAAUUUGGAAUAAUUAUGUUUGUUUCCUCCCUCCCAAAAGCCAGUAUUUGGAAAAAUGCUGUGCCAAUGUGAUGAAGAGGGCUAGGAAUUGUAGCAAUUUGGCAUUUUCACAUUUGGCAGCAUGUUAAUUAUUGUGUUUUUAAUUUUGUACAUAACACUUGCUUACCUCAAAGGGAUAAUGUGAAGUUUUAUAAUGCUGGCAAAAUUCCCUGGAGUCCCCGAGUGAAAGCAGACAACCAAACUGUUGUUGUUAAUAAUAAAUAAAUAAAAGGAAAAGAUAGAAUAUGACAAGCAGCAAAACGAAACAAAAAAAUCUCUUCUUCUCCAGGUGAAAAAAUUGCAUGCACCAAAAAAAUCAGUUCAAAGUUAGGUAGGCAUUUGCUUAUCAAUCGCCACAUUUUUAUAUAAUUGAAGAAUUGCAUGACACAGACGCGCCAUCCCCUUUUUUCCUCCGAAGAUCCCGUGUUACAUUUUAAGUCAUAACAGUGGAUCAAUAUUUUUUAUAUAGCCUUAACAAUAAUAGGAAUUCCCUAUUGUGCAGCCAUAAAAACAAGACAUUUUUCUGUCUAUAAACCUUGCCUGUCUGUUUCCAGUAGCGUCAAAGCACUAAUGCCUAGAGAUGAUGUGCUCUGGGGUAGUAAGUCAACAAGUUAAAAGUCCACCAAAGAGAUGUCAAGUGCUUGUGUGUGAAUUAUGGGUGCUGCAUAAAACAGCAGUUCAAUAAAAAGGCAGCCUGCUUCUUCAUUUGGAAGAAUGGGGACUAUCCACUCUUGUACCCUGCCUGUAUUGCUUAGAUUGCAGCCAAAGUCUGUCUUCUUCCUUGAACCAGUAGCAAGUACAGUCAGUGCUUCUGUAUCUGAAAACAAAGUACUCUAUGCAAGUUGGGAAACAUAUGAGAGUGGUGAAGGUGGCAUGCACUGCCAGAAUUGGCCCUGUCUCUGUAAACUGUUAGUUACCCAUUUUCUGCAUAGCUACAAGGAUCCUACACAGUCUUCAGCUGUUCAUUCCCUGGCCUAUUCAUGCACCCAGAGAAGCAGUAGAACCAGCCAGACUUCUAGCAUCAAAAGUAGGACAUUGACAUGCUCAGGGACUAGUAGUAAUGGUCUGUUCCUGUGCUGAAUGUUCCCACCUAAUGUUUUCACUGUGAAGGGUGCCUAAAAGUAGCCAGUGAUUGUGCAUGUUGCACCGCCUUGGGGAGAUCAUUCCAUGGGCAGGAAGCCACCCCUGAAAAGUCCCUUUCUUGUGUUGCCACUAUCUGCACCUUCUUUGGAGAAGGCACACAGAGAAGGACAUCAGAUGAUAAAUGCAGAGUCCUAUUGGUUCAUGUGAGGAGAGGUGGUCCUUGACCUACUGAGGUCUUGAGCUACAUAAGGCUUCAUGGGUCAAAACCAGCACUUUGAAUUGAGCCUGGAAAACCCCUUUCUCUCUUUCAAAAAAGGGCAUGCUUCAUUUAUGUGUAGCGUGUGUUGUGAGACAAUCACCAUCACCAUCAUCAAUAAAAAUAAUAAAAAUAAAAAUAAGUAGCAGCAACAUUUUAAAAAUAUUUUGUUUGUUUAUAUACAAUGCAGAUUUAAUCACUUCAAACUCAUAUGAUUUUGAUUUUCAGCCCUAAUAACAAUCCAGUGUUGCCUCAGCAUUGACUUAACCUUAUUGUUUCUAGCUUAAGAUCACACUGGGGUGGGAUGAAGUUUGUAAAAUCCCAGGUAAGUUGCAAGUAUUAUUUUUUUUUUUAAGCCCACUUUUAGUGACAGCUAAAUCCCUAAAAGUUGGCCUCAUUUCCUGAGCUCCCCAUGGCUUGAAAGUGCUGUGAGGCAGCAGUUGGCGAAUUUUGAUAAAUGUUUCAGGCAUGCCAGUGGACAUUAUUAGGUGUCAUCAGGCACCUGGCAAAAUAUCGUAAGGGUCUGCCGCGUGUCAGUGACGGUUGUAAAUAAGCAGAGAUGCAUGACAGGUUCUACAUUUAACGGCCAGAAAACACACACCUUGGAUGUGCUAAUGCACAAGACACAGCAGAGUGCUUUAGCACAUGGGGAUUUGUGCACAUCCUGGCUGUCAAGCACACUUCCUGAAGUGGGUUUUUCAAGGGACUAUAAAAUGACUUCUCCGGAAGCUUUAUUUGUAUAUUGAGGGAUAGUAAACAUGAUGCCCUCCAGCCAGCAUGGUCAAUGGUUGUAGGUCACAAUACCUGGAGGGACACCAAUUUGGCUAGCCAAGGAUGGUGGAUUUGGGAGGGAAGGAUGGUUCCUUUAAGAAGGAAGUAAAGAAUGGUGGCGUCACAAAACCUCGACUCUCCACUCUUAGGAAUUGGGCUUCUAGCAAGUUACUAAACCACAAUUUUUUUGCACAUGCCUUUUUAGCUUCUGGGUUGGCUCCUUGAUGCCGUGAUUCCACCUAGUUACUGGGCCCUAAGGCAGCAUGUUUUUACUCAUGACCUAUGUGUAUCCUUUUGAGCCUUCGUCAUGGUGUUUCUAUCUGAAUGCUGUUGGUGCAGGAUGGAAAGGAGAAAAAGGGUCAAUCGAGUCAUUUAUAUAUUUAAUGCAUGCAUAUACAUAUACACAUUGUGUGUGUGUGUCUGUGUAUUAGUGCAGAAUUAUAGUAUACAGUAAAUAGAGAUUUACAGACCUGGAUUAUACCCUUCCCCCCUUUUAAACUCCUCAAAGGGUUAGAUCCAGACUUUCGUGUUCUGCAAAUGAUGUGGCUCCUUCCAUCCAUGAAAUGCGUUUGAUCCAGGACUGGGAUCCCUGUGGCUGAAGGGAGAAAGAAGAGUGACUUUUACCAAUUUAUCUCCCCGUCCUCCCUCAACCUGCUUCCUGCACUCCAAAAACCAGCUCUAAGAGUCUCCGAACCCUCCUAGGAGCAGAUUUUCAUAGACAAGCAGCAACCCCAGAAUGAAACUCUGCUCAGGCGAUGCUGCUGUUGCUGUUUUACUCAUAAUCUAUGAAGAAACCCUUAAUUUCAGUUUUCUCAGCACAGGAAUCCUUCUUUGGGAUUUAAAACCUUACUGCUUUACUGAAGCAUGCUAGUUGUCCAAUUAUUGUAAAAAUGUUUUACACUGAAAGGUAUAAAUGCAUAAAAUACAACACAGGAGUAACAAAAGUCAGUUUUCUGUAAAUACAAUAUAUUUGUGAAACUUCCUGAAGCAGGCCUAGCUUCUCUGCGUUUCUUGAAAUAACACCUUGUACCCCUUGCACAAGGUGUGUACCCUUGUACAAUCUGUGUUUGUUUAAUUUUCUCCAAGGAAAUAUCACUGACACAUUGCGGCCCAAUAUGCUAUUUUCUGCUGGUUUGUCAUCACUGCAGAUAGAGCUUGUGAAGUACAUUGUGUAUAGAAAAUCAAAGGGAGUAAGAAAACGUUAAGUUUAUCAGUAGGCCUUGUUAUUGAGUAUUAAGCUUGUUAUGUUAGUCUUCACCCUUUGCAUCUGCUUUGUUUUAUCUUUAACUUGAAUUUUUAAAAAAUAAAAUGUAAAGGUGUUUUUUUAAAAAACCCCCGAAAAGUGUCUGUUUUGCCAACUCUUAUCUGUGCCUUGAUAGCUUCCUUAAUCUUCCAUUGUGUAAAAGGCUUGCAUCCGCAUUUGGGCAUUUUCGCACAUUGCAGAAUUGUUCGCCCUGGAAUGAACUUGCAUGGACUGUAGGGGCUGAUUCUUUUGAAAGCAGCAAACAUGGGGUAAGAUGCUUGGUAUGUGUGUGUUUCUGGUUUAGCACAUCACAGAGUUGGUCCUAGGAGUCUCUGCAUUGAAUUGAUCUGAGACCUGUGCUGCUGUGUACGAAAGUAAUGCUAGAGGCUUGGUUGUGAAUUAUUUUGGCCCUGAACAGCAUUCUCUACUACGGCUGUUGCCCAUUAAUACUAUUCCUGCAAGGAAGAUGGAAGAAGGAGCAACUUUCUUUAUAUUGAGCUCCAGUAGGGGUGAAUUCAUAGAUGCAACAUUUACCAAGAAGUGUUAGUGAUAAGCUUCAAUGCCUAAGGGACAAAAUCCCUUCUAAAACCAACUUUGGCUUGGAGUUCAGGAACUAUUGAUCUGCCAUACUGAUAACUAACCAGAGGCACUUUAGUUCUAGCAUCUGCCUUGGUUGGGAUUGGUGAGAAGUGUACUAAUUUUUCGUAAACUGACCAAGACUGUGAAUAGGCACUUGGAGAGCUUUAUGAGAUGUCAGAAGGUUGGAGGGAGUAGUAAAAACAAUGUUACUAAGGCAAAAUGAUUUUUCCAUUCAGUGUAUUCUAUUCUUCUGUUACUACACUUAUUUGCUUUAUAGCCAAAUAAAAGUACUAUAUUUUUGAAAAACAACAACUACACUAGUAAAACUACCCAAGCUGUGACUGUACACAUUACCAGCUUAAAAUGCAGUUAGGUCAUUCUUUUUCUCAAUUUGGAUCAAAUCUGGUUUGGGGGGAAAACACAUCAAAAGUCAGUAUUUCAGGAACGACAGAAUGGAUACAAGAUAGAUUGUGACUACUGUCAGGUGCACACUGCUUGCCAAACCAGUAGUUGGAGCAAUCUGGAUGCAGAGUGUACAGAGCAUCACUCACAGGAGUGUUUUAAGAUGUUUUGGAAGUUACACCUAUUAAUAGGCAGGCUCCACGUUCUGUGUUAGCUGGUUUCCACACCAUCUUCAGAGGUAACCCCAUGCAUUGGAAUAGACUAGUCCCAUAUGAUCUGUACCCCAGAUGAUCUAAUGAGGCCAUUUACUGCAUUCCACCACUUGCAAAGGCCACAUUAGAUUUUCUUUUCCAUACAGCCUUCACACUCUGUCUUUCAGUUUUACUCUUUCUAAACCUUUUGAUGUUGUAUUGUAUUACUGCAUGACUAAUGUUGUUCAAUUAUAUUUUUCUAUUUUUACAAACUGCUAUGACACUUUGGGAUGAACAGCAAAAUAGAAAUAUUUUAAAUAAGUAAUAAAUAGCAGACAUUCUUUUAUAAGAUUCUAAUAUAUGCAUUAAAUUAAGUAAAUUGCAAAUUUAAUAGGGUAUCAGAAAAUUUUCGGUUUAUGUAAGUUUGCAUGUUUAUAAAUAAGAAGUAUAUUCGUUGCUAGAUUCCUGAAGAAUAGUCUCAGCACAUAAAAACAAAUAGCCUAUAAUGCAAAGUAUUGUUUCUGAUACGUAGUCUUUGUGUCCAGCAAUCUUUGUUAAUAAAUUUCUCCACGCUUAAGGUUUGUUCAAGAAAUAAUUAGCACAAUGCUAUCUAGGUUGCUUUUGAAAGCUUGUCAAAAUAAUUGAUUCAAUCUUCUCUCUUUAACACAACCAGAGGUAUACAGAGAGGGUUUCGUGUCAUCUUUUGUCUAAUAUUUGAGUGAUGAUAUUGCUCAGAUCUUAGUUUCUCCUAAACAGGAGACACUAUAAUGUAGAAACCAGCCUGUGAAUUUAAAAGAGUAUCAUGUUGGAAUUUUUAGUAAUAUAAUUGAAUAUAGAUUUCUAAUCUAAUCUAGUCUCUUGAAUAUAUAUUUUUUUGCUCUGAAAAGUUUAUACUGUGAGAUAUAUAUAUAUAUAUAUAUAUAUAUAUAUAUAUAUAAUGGCCCAAACAACUACAGGGUUCUUCAUAUAUAUAUGGGGUUCUUCAUUGCUUGUCUUCUGGAUAUUUAGGUGCAUAGAUUGCUUUGAUUUUAAAAUUGUGUACAAUUCCAAUUUCUAUAGAAUUUUUGAAAACCAGAUAAAAUUUGUGUCUUUCAAGAUAAGUCUGAUGUGCAAUUAUUAGACACAAGAUACCCAACAUUCAUGAUCCUAUGUAUGCUUACUUGUGUUCAAUGUAACUUACUCCCAGGUAAAUGUGUACAAGGUUAUGCAGAAACAUAAACCCCAUUCAUAUAAACAGAACUGCUUAUAAGUGUGUACUGUGUCCCCUUGAAUUCAGUAGGACUGCCUUAGAUCAUACCAUAUUUGUAUCAUUAGCAAACAAAAUAUUAGCUGGAGCUGGCUAGAACUUAAGAUCUAGUGAAAAUGCUACAGGACACAGUUUUUCCAUAUGUCCAGGCCUAAAUGUCUGAGAUUAUCAAAUAGUAGGCUAUUAUUACCAGACUGAUUCUUUUUCUAUAAUAGGGAAGUAGCUAAUAACAUCUUCCCCUGUCAUGUUUAAAAUAUCUCAGAGUGGUUAUAGAACUAAUAGGUGUGGUAAUGGGAGAUGUAACACUAUUUUUAAUCUAACCUCUUUCAUCCAGUUAAAUCUAAUGUGAGCCACUGAGGUCAUAGGAAUUGAUAAUCUUGUACUAUUAAGAGUUGAAAACAAGAUUCUUUGAGAUGCGAGCAUGACCUGAAUGAAAUGCGGGCAAACAUCCCAUCAGCAUUAUAGUCACAUGUGGAACCAUAAAUACCACUUUAAUAAUACUGUUUAUUGACAAGUGGUUUCCAAAGCUUUGAAAUCAAGCAGGAAGUCUGAAUCUUUCUUUUUAUUUAUUUUUAAAGGUGGUAACUUUGAAUUUAGAAUCCAAAGUAUUUGAUAUAGAUGCUAUACAUGCUGAACUGUACAUGUUUAAAGCUGUGCUAUUUCAGGAUGACUGUACUGUCUGGUCUGUCAGUGCUUGCAGUACCACAUAGUCUAACUACUUCAAAUUCCUUAGUUUGGUAACUACCUUAAAAGUUUUGGUGAAUUAGGACUGCGUACACACCAACCUAUUUGUACUAUUUGUAGUACAAAAGUGCAGUUUUUCCUGAAUCCAGAAUUGUUCAUGCUUCUCCUCUACAUGUUGCUAUCAAUGUAAGGUAAAGGGACCCCUGACCUUUAAGUUCAGUUGUGGCUGACUCUGGGGUUGCGGCGCUCAUCUCACUUUAUUGGCCAAGGGAGACGGCAUAGUGCAGCUUCCGGGUCAUGUGGCCAGCAUGACUAAGCCGCUUCUGGCGAAGCAGAGCAGUGCACUGAAACGCCAUGUACCUUCCUGCCAGAAUGGUACCUAUUUAUCUACUUGCACUUUGUGCUUUCGAACUGCUAGGUUGGCAGGAGCUGGGACCGAGCAACGGGAGCUCACCCCGUUGUGGGGAUUCAAACCGCCGACCUUCUGAUCGGCAAGCCCUAGGCUCUGUGGUUUAACCCACAGCGCCACCCGCUUCCCCUAUCGAGUCUAAUUCCUGUCAACAACAAGGGUAGGUGGGGAUGCUUAAUGUGUUUUCAAAACCCUCCACCUUUAUUAGGUUAUCCAUGCCUUUUCCUCCCUGCACAUGCCUCAGGUGGAUGAAGAAGGAAGUGGUGGUUGAGAUCUCAGUAUAUGCCCCCACACAACAUCUUGUGCAGGUGUGCAUAAACCCUCAAUUACCAGGACUGCCUACAUCUGUUUUCAUUUGUUCUCAACUGGACAUAUUGUGGGGUAACGCAGAAAAAUCUUUUAUUUUUGGUAUGGAAUCAGUCUCUUCAGAAGUGCCUUUCUGGAGAAAAACAACAACAACCAAUCACAGUACAUCUAGAUUGUGUGUGCGGCAUGUAGAAAAAGAAGAAGAACUCGGUCUCCACUGAUUCUAGAAUGUAAUGUGAUGUGUAUGUAGCCUGAGACAGAGAGGGGUUCUGGCAGCUAUGGAGGUGCCUUGUUUUUUGUUUGCUGAGCAUGGCUGCUUCAACACACAGAUUGCUCUUGCAAUUCUUUGAGCCUUGCUUUUGCUUUUCUGUGAUGGCUACUUGCCUUGGGCUGAACUUGUCAACAGAGCUGACAUGUAAGGCUUAUCUGUACAACUACUUGGAAAAUUGUCAAUGUGCAUCUGGGACACCUCUGACCCAUAAUCAAUAUCCUGGAGACUUUUUCCUAGUUCUCUUGACUAUUUCUAUGGAAAUGGCGCUGCUGUGGUCCUUGCUGGCACAGUCUACAUGCAGGUCUGAUGCGGGAGUAUGGUAGGUACCUACCUUUUCCUUUUGGAUGUUCCCUCUCUCACCCCUGGUGUUUGAGCUAAAACACUGAACUAAGUGCAGUGCAGAUAGACUUAGGUUGGGGAUUUUUCCGGUUGGAUCCAGAGUUUUCAUUAGUGGAAUUGCCCUGGAAGGUUGCAGAACACUGGGGGACUGUAGGAAGGGAAAUUGAAGAAAACAGUCUAUCUUUGUGGUAAUAAUAAUAAUAAAAAUAAAUUUUAUUUAUACCCCGCCCUCCCCAGCCAAGGCCGGGCUCAGGGCAGCUAACAAGCAAUAAUAAAAAGAAGUUGAAUGAAUACAGCUUAAAAACAAGAUUAAAAUACAACAUUAAAACAUUGAAACAUUAAAACAUUAAUUAUUAGCUUCUACUAGAACUCAAGGCCUUCUACAGAAAGAAAGUGCAUUUCUGUUUUGGGGCAUUCUGGAUCCAGCAUCGAAAAGUGUCAAUGGGAAAACUAGAGCUAAUUUUUUUAAAUGUUGUAUAUAAUAUACAGUGUAUACAUAUGUAUACCCAGGGAGAGAGAGAGAGAUACUUUGGCUUGAAACCAUUUUUUUGCUUUCCCAUAAUUUGAAAACAAGUUUAAUUUAUGGCAUGAAAUUAUAAAGGCCAUUAGUGUCUUUGCAUAGUUCAAAAAAUUAAAGCAGCUGAGAUAUGGAGGUUUAAAAUGUAGCUACUCUGCAUGCACAUUAACAACUUUUCUUUAAGGAUUUAUAUCGCCAUCGGUUCUGUUUCAUGCAUAGUGUAAUACACAGAUUUUAUAGCAUGUUACUUUUAAAAUAUGUAAAACUCCAGUAGGAGUCAUUAUGCCUUGUACUAUAAGGUGUCUGUAGAUUAAUGGUCACUGGGACAUUUUUAUAUUACAACUUUCAAUUUCCUGAUGUUGCAGUUCAAGUGUGGAGUAUACACGUGUGUGUGUGUGUGUGUGUGUGUGUGUGUGUGUGUUCAGAUAGAAAUGGUUCCUUUAUACCAUGGGUAGGCAAACUAAGGUUCGGGGGCCGGAUCUGGCCCAUUUGCCUUCUAAAUCUGGCCAGUGGAUGGUCUGGGAAUCAGUGUGUUUUUACAUGAGUAGAAUGUGUCCUUUUAUUUAAAACACAUCUCUGGGUUAUUUGUGGGGCCUGCCUGGUGUUUUUACAUGAGUAGAAUGUGUGCUUUUAUUUAAAAUGCAUCUCUGGGUUAUUUGUGGGGCACAGGAAUUUGUUCAUUUUUACCCCCAAAAUAUAGUCUGGCCCCCCACAAGGUCUGAGGGACAGUGGACCGGCCCCCUGCUGAAAAAGUUUGCUGACCCCUGCAUACAGUAUGUUCAUGCGAACCAUUUUAAUUUGGCUUCAUUGUGUGCUUUCCAUAGUACUGUGAAUACAUUAUGAAGCUCUACAGGAGUGAGACUGUGGCCCUGUGGCUGGCACAAGGCAAAACUUGCUGCCAAUCCACUGGUUCCACUCAAAGAGCUGCCCCUGCUGCCAGCUCAUCCCAGCCCUGUGUAGGAAAGCAGCAGCAACUCUGGCAUUGGGAUGGGAGCUAUGUGGCUCCACCCCACCCCACAUUCUGCUACUGGAGAAACUGUGUCUGUCAAAUACCUUCCUAUGAAAAAUGGGGUGAAAUCUACCCUGAGCGUGCUUUUCAUUGCAGAAACAAUACAAAAGCAAACAAACAAUUCAAUCCUCCUAAUUGAUUGUGAGCUGCACAGUAGUAUACAGUGUCCCCAAAUUUCAGCCACUUACCCAUUUACAGUUUUCUUUCUUUUUUGGGGGGGGGGAGUGCCAGGGGCAAAAAACAAUAAUAAUCACCCAAUAUAUCUUGAUUUUUGCCACUUGGGUACAUUUCCUCCAGUUAAUGUGUUAACUAAAUGAGGGGGAAAUGCCCCAUGCAGCAAGCACUUUUUUAAAAAUAAAAAUUUUCAAGCAAAAACUGACCCAGAGAAGCAGACAAGUGCACUUGUUUUGGCACAUCACAUGUUUCUUUAUUCUACUAUGCUAAGACACAUUGUAAGUCACCUUGGUGUAGAAAACUACUUCAGAAAUAUGUAUCUUGUUAGGUUUUGUUUUUGCUUUUUGCUUUUCCUGGUAGAUUUGGUGUGCGCAUAAUGCUUAUGCAUGGUUUAGCAGUCUGUACACAAGCAAGAAAGAGCCCAAAUGAAGUGUUGGGUUUCAGUAUCCCCCCAAUUCCUGCUGAGUUGUUUCACUUUCAAACAAGUUAUGGCUACUGACCCAUCUGAAGACCACUUGUAUACUCUAAUGAUGAUGGAGCCUGUGGCCUGUGCAAUGCUGCUGCAUUAAAGGAGUUGUCGUCCAAUAACAUCUGGAGGACCACGGUCCCCUUGUUGUUUGUCUGCCCUGGCAGGCAGUGGCUUUUCGAUGGGUUCAAACGGUGCUUUUGUCAGUUCUACCUGGAGGUGUCAGGAAGCAAAUCUGGGCUGGUUUGCAUGUAAAACAUAUACCACUGAGCAUUGGCUCUCCCCCAGUUCUUCUUCAGUCCCUCACAGAAGAACAUGAUGGUCACUCCAGAUAAUUUCCUCAAAUUGUAAAGCCUAAGGUAAUGAACUCAAACAGUUAUCUGUCAUGUAAGCUGAAUUGCUUUUUAAACUGAAUUGCAGCUUAAAUGUUACUUAUAUUGUGUCAAUGCGUGGGAAAAUAUAUAUAAUAACUGGAACUUGUUUAGAAAGACUGGGAAAAGUUGGUUGUUGGCUGUAAUUUGUACAUAACUUGCCCAGAAAGAAACUUUAUCAUUUUGUCAAAACAGUGUGAUCUCCCCCACCCCCAAUUUACUGUACCUACGCUACUAUAGUCUCCUUUGAACAUGUAUAUAGCUGUUCAAAAUAUAUGCUCAUUAUACUUUUAUUAGUCAUAUUUUACCACAUUUGUUAAAAUGCAGUUGCAGCGUUUAUUAGCUGGGGUUUCCAUGAGAAAUGACAAGCAUGGUUGGUAACUGAAAUUAUUUUAGUAAACAUUUUGGUGGGGUUUUCUUCCCCAUGGUUCUGUAUUUAAAACUGGGUGAAGAGAGGAGGUGGCAUAAAAGCAAGCAAAUAUCAUGGUAAUACCUAUUUAAUUUUGAGUUGGCUGUAUGUACACAUACACUUUUUGUUUGUUUGUAUUUAGAUAUGUUUGUUCUUCUAAGUAGUGCAAUGUGUAUGUCAGAUCAAUGAAAGGUUUGUGGCAGAGAGAGAUGUUAUGUUUUGUACCUUUGGUUGAGCAAAUUUCCCUUGUGUGGGCCUUUAACCAUCACUAGAACCAUUCCUGAAACUCAAUACUUUUGUUUCCUAUAACCAAAGAAAUUAUCUACCUAUGGAAUAUAUUAACUGUUGCACCCUGUAUUUUUCAUGAUUGCUAAAAUGUUUUGUUGGAAGGACUUCUAAAUACAAUAUGUAACUUACACUGCCCAUUAGGUCACCGUAGGGGGGCUAACUAUGGCUCUGUGAUUUGAGCUAGGUUGACAUCUGUGAAACCACAUUUAUUAAUGUACAUAUGAAAGAGUAAGUGCAUUUUCUUUAAUAAACCCUCAGCAAAUUGAAUGAGAUUUUUUGAUUUUGUAUGUAUGCUUUUUAAAAAAGACAAACCAACCAACAACUGCAAUUUAUUAUUACUUGCAUAGCUUAUGUGAUCUGUGAAAGAUGAAAACUCUUGCUAUUUAAUAUUUUUUGUAAGUUUCAGAGAAGAGUAGAAAUUUAGAGUGAUAUGUAUGAAUGCAUGGAUUUGGACAAGAUAAAGAUGGAAUACUAAAAUAGAGCUUAGCAUUAGGUGCCUGAGCCAGCACAAGUCUCGGGCUCAUGUUGUCUCCCAUCCCAGAAUUCUGAAUCUGUAAGUGAAAAUGCCUCUUGAACCCAAGCUCUAGUUUGAAAAUACUGGGACUGUCACAGUUGUAGCCUUUAUCUUAGGAGUCAAAUCCAUAUUUUUUACUAUGGCAGUGUUAACUAUACUUGCUGCCUCGGUUACAUUUUAGAAACAUACUUCAGAAAUUCUAAAAAUGAACAAGUAAUUCUAAAAAUGAGCAAGUAUUUCUGACACAUUUGCUUUAGGACAGUCUCUUUAAAGCAGGGGUCAGGAACCUCAGGCCUAUGGGCCAAAUGCACCCCCUGGUCUCUUUGUACAGUCCUCUAAACUCUUCUUAGUCCAGUCCCACAUUUUACCGGUUUUUCUGCAAGAAUAUCAUGGGGAACUUUGUCCAAAACCUUACUGAAAUCAAGAUAGACUAUGUCCACAGCAUACCCCUGAUCCACCAAUCUUGUAACUCUAUCCAAAAAAGGAAAAGGAAAAGGAAAAAAAUGAGCUUCAUCUGGCAUGACAUGUUUUUGAGAAACCCAUGCUGGGUAUUAAUAAUUAUAGUAUCCAUUUCUAAGUGCUCACAGACCAACCAUGUAAUUAUCUGUUCUAGGACCUUUCUUUGUAUUGACCUCAAACUGAUCGGUCUGUAGUUACCUGGGUCUUCAUCCCCCCACCUUUGAAGAUUUGGACAGCGUUUGCCUGCCUCCAGUCUGCAGGGUCACGUGUUCUCCAAGAAUUCCCAGAGAUUAUAGACAGAGACUGAGAUUAUAUCCGCAAGCUCCUUUUGUACCCUUGGCUGCAGCUCAUCAGGCCCUGGAGAUCUGAAUUCAUGUAAAGUAGCUAGGUGUCCCCUUAUCCUCUUACUCCACAUCGCUGUUCCAGGGCAGAGAAAUUCUAGAAAUUUCUCAUAUUGUCUGAUAGGUCAAAGUGUGGACAGGUGAGGCUCAAGUUGCUGUGCCUUCUCUUCCAUAAAGGCAACCAGCUUGAACUUGCUGCAAGUGUAGUUUUGCACAUUCUCAGGGAGGAAGACAAACAUGGCACAGGUGUUGCAAGUCACUGCAGCAUCUGCCUCGCUGUUCAUGUCACAUCUGUGGCUCUGUCCCAUUACGCCUCUGGCCUCAGUGUGUGAUGUGGCACCUGGAAGGUUUGUUCAUGAGGAAACAUGGCCUCUGGCUGAGAAAGGGUUCCCCCUCUCUGUUCUAAAGGAAGGACCUUGUACAACAGUCACUGGAAGAUGGUAAUGAUGAUUUGUUUUAAGAUGUCAAAUUUAAUAUACAACCCUGCAUAAGUUUAUUCUCAGACAUACUUGCUUACAGUAGCUUCAACGCUGGUAGCAGUAUAACUGCUGUAAAUUUUCUUUAGUUGAAUGAAGAAUUUUCUGACAUGUCGUGCUGUCAGUAUAGUUUGUGAUAGUUCUGAUGUUAUCAGUAGCAGAACAUUCUGGAGGUCCAUCAUAAAAUACAAAUUUUAUGGAGACCCAGGCAGAUGGGUGGGGUAUAAAUAACAAAAUUAUUAGUAUUAGUAGUAUUAUUACCUGCUUAUUUACACAAUUAUCACAGGCAGAAAUGAACACCAUGUGCAUUCUAGACAUCUGUGAAGUUGCCAGUUGUAUUUGACAUGUGAAAAUCUUUGGUUCCUCAAAAGAGAAACCAGUCAAGGACACCUGGUGGCUCAAAAAAUGAGCCAUUAGUGACCUAUGAAAUGUCCUUUAUGUACUGUUUCCUGGUCCCUCCCUCCACAUAGCUCAUCUAUACCUAAUAUUUGUAUUUUGUCAUUUUCUUUUUACUACCUCUACCCCAGUGCUAGCAAAAACUGUUUCCAAGUUUACUGAAAAUCUGCAUGUUCAAAGCAGUAUAAGGCAGGCAUUGUGUUGAUUUUAUCAGGAGACUUUUAUGUGCAGAGUUUAUGAUUUAUUUUUAUUUAUUCCAUUUCUGAGUUGCAUUUCCCACUUACCAGGAGUGCCCAUACAUAAUAUAUAAUUGUUCUGGUAUAGAACCUAGCUUGCUUUUAUUUGGUUCUGUCUCAAAAGUGUUGUGUAUUUUGACUUUAGCUUAAAAAUAUAUACUGGUCUGGAAUAAGCCUUCGCCAACAUUUUUUGUCCUGUGCCUAUUUAAUUUUUUUUUUUUUAUGUUGGAAAUAGUGUUCAUGAUCAGAAGCAGAUACACUGUUUAAGUAUUGGAACAAAAGGUGGAAGUUUUCAAAGAACAGAAUGCUGCUGCCUGUAUCCUGUUCACGGAGGAGCUGACCUGUAUUUGAAUAUCAAGGUUCUUAGCAAUGUACCUUCUUGGGGGCUGGGGUGUGUGUGACUAUGAUGUAAUGCAGAACAGUGAAUUUUUCAAGCCGCACAGUGAUGCACUCCUGAGAAUGGAACCAAGCCAUUAGUACAUCACGGAGAAUUGCUGAUUCCAAAGAGACACCCUUGAGAGAGGAAGUACUGUAAUGAGAAAGCAGCAAUGUUGUUCUAAUAUUUGUUGUUUCCUUUGAAAUGGCUAAAAUACCUGAAAUGAUUUAUACCUAAUUGAGCUUUGCAUUCCAUCUGAUAGGGUAAAUGUUCUCAGGCCAUUUAUCAUCGGUGGCUUUUCAAGAUCUCCUAGGAGUACAUGGUGUAUAUUUACCUUAACUUGGCUAGGUCAAGGGAAAUAGCUUUUUUUAAAACAAAACAAAACAAAACAAAACACCAAAGCAAAACAAGAAUAAUACAUGAUACCGUAUGAGAUUGCAGGAAAACUAGAAACACAGUGCUGGCAUAAUUUACAUACUUUUAUCCUGCCACCCUUGUUGCUAAUACAAAUAUGUCACAUAACUAGUUAAAAUGUGUGGAUUAAUACUACUGCUACAACUAAUAAUAAUAAUAAUAAUAAUAUAAUACAAUAUUAAUUUGUACAGGUUUUAAUUGCUCCUGAGAAUGUGUGUGGCUUGGUGGUGGGGUGAGAACAUGUAUUUCGAUCCAGUUCUGCUGUUAGUUGUGUCUGGGAUUGAAAGAAAUGUGGAUCUCAUCCUUAAUGCCCAUGGGGAACUUGCACUUACGUUCUCAAACGACAAGCCUAUGCUGCAUCUAAGAACUGAAACCGAGGAAACUUUCUAAAUCAGUUUCUGAUGUGGCAUGGUACAGUGUGGUGGUCUGCUGUUCAAAAAGCAUGUAUCGGGGUCAAGGCUAGCCUAGGACAUUUUGUCACUUGUCCUGUACCCUGCUAUAUUUAUAUCCUGCCUUUCCUCCAGGGAGAUCAAGGUGGCACACAUCAUUCUUUCCCUGCUAUGUCUUAUCCUCACAACAACUCUUUGAGAAAGAUUAGGUGGAGAGUGAGUGGCCCAAAACUACCUAGCAGGCUUCAUGGCACAAUUGGGAUCUGAAUCUAGGUCUCUCCAGACCUAAUUCAACAUCAUCAUUGGCAUCAUCAUUUUCUUUAGUGUUUGGAGCACAGGUAGGGAACCUUUUCCCCUCUAGAUGUUUUUGAACUGCAACUCACAUGAUCCUUGACCACUGGUUAUGCUGGCUGGGGCUGAUGGGAGUUGGCUCUUUUAGCUUCUUGUCAAUCAGAUUAAGGUAUGAUCUGCUGCCUGAAAAGAGUCAAUGAUGCGUCAUAUACCCAUUCUGCACAGGGCAGCAUGUCCUCCUCUUUGGAAAGAGGAGAGAAUAAUUCUUAAUUAAAACAGCAAGGGUAAGUGCACGGACUACAUGAGAAUCAUAAUCAAAAUACACACACUAUCAUUUUUGCCACUUAGCAGCAUCCAAACAUUGUCUUUAGCUUUUGAGCCUUUUUAGCACUUGUCACAGACUAUUCUGCUUUCUCUUUUUUAGAGGGGGAUGUUGUGUUGUGUUUGUUUGUUUGUUUGUUUGUUUGUUUCUGCCUUGGUUUUGUAUGUCAGCUGCCCUGUGGCUGAGAGUGUGAACAACCUUCUUAAAGUGUACAAUAUUGUUCUGUUCCAGCUAGUUUGAUGUAAUAAUGUAUUUUGCAUCUCCUCUAGGGGCUGAAAAUGUCACUUAGUUCUGCUCCCAGCCUUCUGUAGCUUUAAGUGUAGAUGUCCUUGGGGUUGAAGACUCAGCCUGGGUUUCCUUGGGCUGCCCCUAGUCAGAUUUCUUUUAGUCAUCUUUCCAUAUUGCCUUUAGUAUGAAAGAUUAUUUUGGUUGAACUGUGCUUGAAAUGUCUUCCAGUUUUUACGUACCAUCAGUCACAGGGCAAUCUGUAUUAGAAAACAAAUGUGCGAUAUUUUGAAGAAACAGCAAGCACCAACUUAAAAAUAAAUGUAUAUUUUAAAGUAAUCUGCUAAGUUAAAAGCCUAAACAUUUUCAAGCACAUGCAUGUAUGACUGAACUGUUAAUUGUAACCUAAAUUUUAAUGGAAUGUGACUUUGAUUAAUAGAUACUCUCCUUUUUCCAUGCUUGCAAUUUUAAUUAGUCUUUUUUAAGUUAAACUUAUUAAUGAAACAAAAAGAUUGAAUCCCUUUAAAAUUGAGCUCACUGGCUGAGCUCUUGUAAUGUGGUUCCGCUUUUAUCAUGAUCCUAUAUGACACAUUUUUAAAUGAAAUAAUUAUAAUGUAGGCUUUAUUAAUAUGGCUUUUUUUUUUUUUUUGGUAGAAUCCUGGGCAACUUUGGAAAUGUAUAG